AUGUCCCGCACCGGCGCCCUCGAUGACUCGGAGAUCCAGUCCGAGAUGAACAAGAUGGUCGCGUUCAUCUCGCAGGAGGCUCGCGAGAAGGCCCGUGAGAUCCAGGUCAAGGCCGACGAGGAGUUUGCUAUCGAGAAGGCCAAGAUUGUGCGCCAGGAGUCGCUCGCAAUAGACGCUCAGUACGAGAAGAAGCGCAAGCAGGCUGAGGUUGGCUGGAAGAUCGCCCAGUCGACUGCUCUCAACCAGUCGCGCCUCGAGGUCCUCCGCAAGCGCGACGAGAACCUCCAGACUCUCUUCGAGGAGGCCAACAAGCAGGUCACCGCCCUCGCCGAUGGCAAGGACUACCCCGCCGCCAUGGAGCUCCUCAUCCUCGAGAUCCUCCUUCUCCUCCUCUCCACCGAUGUGAACAUUGUUCACCGCCCCAAGGACGAGGCUCUGGUCAAGUCGGCCUCGGACGCUGCGCUCAAGCAGUACAAGGAAAUGUCGGGCCGCGAGAGCACCAUUGUCUUCGCCGCCGACCUCGCCGACGACAGCGCUGGCGGUGUCAUUGGCUCGGCCAUGGUCGGCCGCAUCAAGGUCGACAACACCCUCUCUGCCCGUCUCAAGAUUCUCGAGGAGAAGAUGCUGCCCGAGCUCCGUGAGGACCUCUUCGGCAAGAACCCCAACCGCAAGUUCUACAACUAA